AUGUCCCACGGACCACCUCCACCACCACCUCCGCCCCAGGGCACCCCUCAUCCGAACAACUUCAACAAUUUCUACGGUUUCAACGUCGAUAUUGGUUCUCUCCCCGACAUGACGGGUGGCCAGAUGGGCGCUGAUGGUCAGGACAACGAUCUUAUGGCCAUACUCGAUAAUAGUAUGCUCGGUAGCAUAACAGACAUUCCAAUGAACCUCGAAUCCGCAGAUGACUCAAACAUGAGCGGCUCUUUUGGCAAUGGGCAAUCGACCACUGAAGAGUCUGUCGCGAGAGCUGAAAAUCAAUUCAACACAGCAGCCAACAAUGUUCCUGGCGCCGGGCCCCUCCCCGCUGGCGCCUUUGCUCAGAUGAAUCUCGCUGGCGCCAGCACGCUCACUGAGUUCACCAAGCGAAGAAAUUGGCCCGCCAAGGUCGUGGAAGAGCUCAGAGACUUUUUACAGAUUCUCGAUGCCAACGGUCGCAUCAAGUACGCAUCACCUAGCAUUCUCCAGGUCACUGGAUACAGUGUAGAAGAGAUCCAAGAUGUGUUUCUGAAAGACCUGAUCCACCCAGAUGACCAAGGUGUUUUUGUCGCAGAACUCAACGAAUCCAUCGCAUCAGGCAACCCGCUACGACUUUUUUACCGUUUCAAAAAGAAGGACGCUGAGUACGCAAUAUUUGAAACUGUCGGCCAUGCUCACAUUGCUGGCGCCAAGUUUGCCCCCAAUCCAAAUAACCAGUCGCCCUUCUGCCAGGCCGUGUUCAUGAUGGCGCGACCAUAUCCCACCAAAAACGCUGGACUUUUAGACUCGUUCCUUGAGCAUAAGAUCGAAAAUGAAAGACUAAAGCGCCGUAUCGCCGAGCUACGCCGUGAAGAGGAGGCCGAAAAUGACGAGGCGCAAAAGCAGUGGCUGCAGAGUCAAUCGGGUUGGUCAGACAUGACACCAUCAGAGGGAACCGGUGUCUCUUCGGGAACCUUUUACCGUCCGGGUAGCGAAAGAGGAAUGACAGAGGCCGAUCGAGCAGCUCUCAAUAAAGCUCUUACACGCGAGAAUCUCGAAGGCUCAGUCGCAGGCGGUCGGCAGGAUUCGCUGAAGGAUAAGAUGGCUCGUUACGAAGGAGCAUCGCACACAGACACGAUUGAGAUGUUGACGGGAUUGCGAUACAUUGAGGGCGAACGAAGCCGGGGAAUUACGACCGGUAAUGCUAGCCCGACCCUGAUCAAGGGCGAUGCAGGAAUUGCCAUUCCGAUGGAGCGGGACCCUCGAACCGGCGAUAAAAAGAAGAAGCUCAAGACUUCUGAGGAAUAUGUGUGUACGGACUGUGGCACCCUGGAUUCACCGGAAUGGAGAAAGGGACCCCAAGGACCGAAGACACUAUGCAACGCGUGCGGUUUACGUUGGGCCAAGAGGGAGAAGAAGAGAACCAGCACCAGCCAUCCUCCUACGGUGGAUCAAUCUGUAUGA